GAUGAUGAAUUAAGCAAGCGUUGACCAGAAUGUCGGAGAUAGUACUCCGGUCCGCCGGUGAAAGGCUUCAGAAUUUAUUAUCAGAAGAAACUGCAGGAUUGGAUAGCUCUGUUAGGGAAGAUUUAAAUUCCAUACUCAAAAAGCUACAGUCGAGUUAUAUUUUAUUGAAAGAAAAAAAGAGGGAAAAUGAAAUUGAAAACAAAGUGAGGAUAAUUGAAAAACUCAAUUAUCAAAUCGAAGACGAAAUCGAAUCUUCAAAAACGUGGAGAUUUCUUAGUUUCAGAAUCCCGAAGAUCAAAUCAAAGAUGGAGACUAUCCUCAAACAAAUCGACAAUAUUGUUAUCAAUGGAGUAAGCACCUCCCUCCUUCCUCUUCGAGACCAAAUCACCAACAUAGUUGGUCUCGAAGAAGAUAUUGGGCGAGUGUGCAGAUCAAUGUUAUCUGAUUAUUCAUCUUUUCCGUCCUCAUCAUCCUCCCAUAUUGGAGUACCAGUUGUUAUUCCAAUAUACGGAGUUGUUGGUUCAGGCAAAACUACACUUGCUAGAUCAGUACAUGAGAAUUCAGCCAUUGUUGAAAGGUUUGAGAAUCGGAUAUGGAUUGAUGUUCCUCGUGAAGACUUUGAUGUCGGAUACAUACUUGAGAACAUAAUGGAGUCAGUAAAUCAUGGAUGGAUGCGGUGCAGCAGCUCCAAAAAACAAUUGCAGGAACGUGUUGGGAGAAUAUUUAAUUCUAAGAGGAGCUUAUUUGUGUUUGAUGAUGUGCGAUACAUACAAGCUUGGGAAACUCUUUACGGAGCACUACCAGAAUUAUACUCGGGUAGUUACGUACUUGUAACUACCCGAGUUGAAUAUGUAGCGAAAUACAUAUCAAAAAAACACAGUCAGCCUGUACAUAACAUGAAUUCCUUGAACGAGGAUGAUAGUUGGAGAUUGUUCGACAUGGUGUUAUCUCACAGUCACAGGGCAUCAUCAUCAGAUAGGGAAAUGGUUAGAUGUUGUUAUGGGUUACCAGGGCUCAUCAAGCAUCUUGCAUCGUAUAAAACAAGUGAUCAAUCAUUUAUCUCUGAAUACUAUUGUCUACUUUAUAAACAAGAGUUACCAAAGGAAUUGCAACCAUGCUUUAUUUACUUAGGUCAUUUCCUAGAAAAUCAAUUGAUAGAUCCAGAAAAGUUGUCCCAUUUAUGGAUGAUCGAAGGGUUAUUAUCAACAAGACAAAGUGUUGUUAAAGGGCAUCAGAGCAUGACUGAGAGAUAUCUGAAAGAACUAGAACGUAUGGGCGUGGUAGAGCUGCAACCAGAGGAAGUUCCAACGACCAACAAAUUAUUCAAGGCUUAUCGCUUUGUUCAAGGUAUGGAAAAAUUUUGUGUCUCAAAUUGUGAAGAAAAAUGUUUUCUCAAAAUCAUUGAUUUAAGACGAGAAAACUGUUCACUCUCAUCGAGUGACAGACCACGUCGACUUGUGAUAUAUCUAGGUAAUCGCACAGUUGAGAUUCCUCCUAAAGUUUCUAAAACUAUUCUUAGUCUUAGAGUGGUUCUUCUUGGAAACCAGCACACCCCUACUGAAAUGCUAAACCUCAAGGAGUUUAAAGGGCUCAGAGUUCUUGAUUUUGAUGGGAUUGAUUUUAAAACACUGAAACUACUGACGGGUAUUUCCAAUCUCGAGUUGUUGAGGUAUCUGAGCUUAAAAGGGUGUAUCCUCGAUGCGUUGCCAUCAUCUAUUAGCAAGUUAUCUUACUUGCGAGUAUUUGAUCUGAGAGUAGAAAAAGGAGCAUCCGCUAUAAAAAUCCCAAACGUUCUAUGGGAGUUGAGGAGGCUGAAACAUUUAUACCUUCCGCUAGAAUUUGCAACUCAAAAUGGUGAAAAACUCCGACUCAAUAGCUUGACACAACUUGAAACCUUGGUGAACUUCAACACGAGCUUGUGCAGAGCUAAUGAUGUCUCAACACUUUGUAAACUCCAUUACCUGGAGGCAAAGGUUGAAAAUAAUUUCCCCGACUUUGAAUCAAUCACCAGUUACCUGACUUCAAACAAAUGUCCACUACAUUGCUCCAUUGACAUCAUAGAUUUGAAUUGCUCUGCACCCGAACGUAGUACUGUACUAGAAGAAUUCUUAGGUUGUGAAGUACUCCAAACCUUGAAAUUCAAAGGAUUUAUUGGACCCCUAUUACCAUCUCCUAAAAUCUCCCCGAAUCUCACUCAGUUACGUCUUCAUAAGUCUUGUCUUAAACAAGACCCCAUGCCAAUCUUGGAGAAGCUUCCUAGUUUAGGGAUUCUAGGCCUCAAUGAUGAUGCCUAUAUGGGGAAGGAUAUGGUCUGUUCAGCUUCAGGUUUCCCUCAGCUCAAAUGCUUACAACUCCUCAAUUUGUCCGAGCUGCAGAGAAUCCAUGUGGAAAAUACAGCCAUGCCUAUACUUUCCAACAUAGAAAUCGACAACUGCCAGAAACUUGAUAUCAACAGCAUUCAACAGUUCCACGCAGUAUUGCUUGAAAAAAAACAAACAAGAAUCUGAUACCUCAAACAAUUUUUAUCUAGUCCUAUUGUAACUUGUUGUAAUGUUGCUUCUUUUUUCAUAUGAAUGUUUAUGUUGCUUGAGACAAAAUCAAGUUUUUAACAUUUAA